GGGCUGUCGCCGAGGACGGAGCACUACGUGCCGCUGACCACCUGCCACCGGAAAGCAUGGAAAUAUCCAAGAGUCUGUUCGCAGAGAUCCUCGCCGUGCAACAGAAACUGCAUAGCGCGAUACUCGAGCAUCAGACAAGCGUGGAAAAGCUGAAGAAUGAUCCAAAUAACCAAAGCAUUCUCGGCCAGAUAAAGAAAAUUCAGGUGCACAUCGUAACUUUGGGAAAAUGCCAGAAUCAGAUCGUGCAGCGGCUGCGCAAAGAGGUAGAGUCCAAGGCAGACAACGCGAACGGAUCGAAAAUUUCUAUCCCGUCUCUCCUCGGCCUGAACAACAACAAUCACAUUACGAACAAUAAUGAAACGAAGCAUGAAGCGGCCACCAAUGGUUUCGAGACGAAGGAGGACUACGAAGAAGUUGUUAGGAAUGGCGAUGUUCAUGGUUCACAAGAUAACGAUUGUGCGAAGCUACGUCCUAGCUCAGUGGAAACUGUCUCUGGCGAAGAUGAAGAUAUCGUUGAGGUGUCGUUGGAUGAGAAUUCUGAUGACAAACAAGAAGUCCAAAAGGAAGAGGACAUCGAAUCGCCUGAAAAAUACGACUACCUGUAUCGCCUCGGGCUUAUUACCAAGUCCAAAUGCAUAGAGCUACAGAACAGAAGAGUAGAAAGAAAACGUCGUAGCACAGCGAAUCCGCAAUUCGUGUACUCCUUGUUCGAGCAACCAUCCAAGCGAAAGAGGUACUCGUAUUUACAAUCUGGAAAUGCACCUCACACCCGACAGACCACCGCACGUAUCAACGGCCCGUCGCCACCACCUAGCAAAACUCAGUCAACCAAAUCUACCUCGCCACCAGCGCAAACGAUAACGAAGUCGUUGAUCCCAGUCCAAAAAUCCACUACCAGACCAAAUAUCCUCAGAAACGCGGACAGCAAAGUCUUCGUCAAUAAAAAUAAAACGGAAGACAAUCAAAUGCAAUUGUCCAUACCUAGUGCCAAAUCUGUUCAGUCGAUGAAUAACAAAGCUGUUCACAUACCUGGAUUGCCGUCUAGCUUGACCAUUGAAAGGAUUGGAAGUGACUCUAUCGUGUGCAUCUGUUGUGAAAAUCCAGGUUCGUUAACAACAUGCAAGAAUUGCUCAAGUAACUAUCACAUUUCGUGUCACAUCCGAUCAUCGCCGCCAUCCAGAAUUUGUCCAAAAUGUACACUAGCAAUGGAUGAAGAAGAAGAUACCGAAAAAGAUGAAGUAGGAGAGAUCAAGGAAGAGAUGGAAGACGACAACAAAUUGCUACGUUACAAAAAGGACGAAAAAUUCGCUACAACAGCGAACGCGUCAGGAUUUACUGGCAAAGCAAGAGAAAACUCAGAGAUCUAUAAAGCGCCUAGUGGACUUUAUAAAAUUGAUCCAGCUCAGAAAAAACACAUCUUCUCCACCGUCUUCGGCAUCAAUCAGCUGCCUGCCUCAACCUUCCUCAUCCCGAUCACCGCGAACAAUGUCUCCGCCUCAAACGUCAGUCAGUCAGAGGACAAGCUCGCCUCGGUCUUCGAUACCGAAUACCGACAAAACAUCAUACAUCGCAACCAUCACAUCGUCAGUCACCACUCACGGCCGAACAUCACCUACAUCCAAGAAGAGGUGUCCCACUCCUAUCAAUUGCCAAGUACCACCAGUAUCCAGCCAGAAAAACAUCAAUCAUAUUUCAUUAUCAAAAAAAUCACCGAAUCAAUUGGAAGGUCCAAUCAGUCUCCUAGCAGUGAAACCGAAGACGAAUACCGCUCCACAACCAACAUUUUCAACCACCAAUUGCCGACCAGUAGUUGCAGCGCUACCAUUCAAUCCGGUCUCCAUCCCGUCAUCACCUAUUCCCUGUUCCACGAUCGUAACAACCGUAAGAAACAAACCAAUCGUGCAGUCUCACUCCAACCAAUAUCAAAAUUGUCAAAUUCUCUUUACUCCAUCUCGAACGACUAUCAGCUGGACCGAGCAACCUUCAAUGGCAAGAAGCCCUGGGCCAAACUCACACGCGGCAAGCUCUGUAUCAAUCAAUCAACCAGACCAACAGAAAUCUUAUUGUCUUCUUGCGACGACGUCGAAAAUAACGGCAACGAACAGCAACGGCCAAGAUCAACCGGAUCAGCAGAAGAAGCAGCUGCAGCGAAUCUCGAUGGUUAUAGCAAACACCGAUCAAGAAACUUCAUCCACUCACUGUUCCCAGGCCAUAACAAGUCCAAUACCAUCACCAGUUGUGCACGCGAGUCACGAGGCGUCCGCGCAAACGACCGAGACUGUCCGCUCUUGCGACAACAGCUCUGUCGUGAGGAACACGAACUGGAAUUGCGCGAGCAGCCAGAAGGCAAGCCAACAGCAGCAGUCCAGCUCCAGCGGCACGCUCUCACGCGAUUCUUCGAGCACGUGAAAUUGGAAGAAGCGCAUAUAUCAGCGCCACUUAGAACAAAGCUAGCACACAAGGAUGAGGUCGACGAUGACGAUGAUGACGAGGUUGCCCGGGAGGACGAGCAGUACGAUGACGGUCGUACCGUUGCUGAAGCUCCACUGUUGACAGCGUGCGAUGUGGAUGACGAUCGCAUGGUCAUUCGCGUUCCUUGGCUAACCGACGACUCGGAAAAUGCUUGCGACGGCGACAAUAUCGCGAGCAAAGCACCCGUUCGUCGUGUUUCGGAUGCAGCCUCGACGCAAUCUGGCAAUUACAUCGGUUACGAGCUCGUUCGCGUUGAUUCACGAUCAUCGGCGGAGACUCGACGACAUUCGGCAGAGCGCGAGGAUGAUCAAUCGAUGACAACGACAACGACGGCGACAGCGGCAGCACUGCGCAUCGCACAAAGCAAUCUUUCGGAGCUCCGUAACGAGGUCUCAGUUCCUGACGAUAAGGCUGAUACCGAGAAACAAGACUUACCCAGUGGUGGGCGAUUGAGAAGCAGAAGCAAUAGCAGUAGCAGUAGUAGCAGUGGCCACAGCGAUACUCCAGAGCAAGCGAUGAACGUGAACGAUCUUACGAACGAUUUUAACAUGCUGACUAAGAUGGGUCUCGUUUCUCCGGAAGAAAGGGACGAGGAGUUAGAGCAAGUCGGUGACGAAUCGGCGAGUGAGGCUGACGCCGCCACUGGUUAGACAUAGUUAGAUUAAUUAUGCGUUGACAUUAAGGCUCCUGAUUUUACGCUGAAUUACGAGCACGAUUCAGCACUGAGGAAUCAUGGGAACGAUUUUCUUGCACUAUACAGAAUAAAUUAAUUUUUUUUCAUCUGUUGCGUACCUCACGUAUAGUGUGUAUUGGUAAAAACACUUUGAAAACUCUUUUGUUUCUAACAAAACAUAAAUACGCGAACAAUGGAAUCAGUAUGUUCUAUAUUUAGCGAAAA